CGAACCGUCAUGUCCUCUCAGCGAGCCGUGGAUGAGGAAACACCCCUGCUGCAGCACGAGCAGCGGCCCAAGGCCAGGACACCACUGCCUUGGCGACAGUUUUCCAUCAUCUUGUUCCUUCAGCUCGCUGAGCCGCUCACGUCUCAGGUCAUCUCGCCAUUUGCGCCGCAGCUCAUUCGUGACAUUGGCAUCACGCAUGGCGACGAAUCCAAAGUCGGACAUUAUGUCGGGUUAAUGCAUUCACUUUUCUUUGCAACCCAAGCCUUGACGGUCCUUCAUUGGAGUCGUGUCUCAGAUCAUAUUGGACGCAAGCCAGUCAUCCUGACGGGACUCUUCGGGCUUUCAAUCUCUAUGUAUUGUUUCGGUCUCUCCAAGACCUUCGUUGGUCUUGUCAUGAGUCGCGCUUUGAACGGUGCAUUGAACGGCAACAUUGGUGUCAUCAAAAGUAUGAUGGUUGAGAUCACGGAUGAGACGAGUUUGCCGCAGGCAUACGCUUACAUGCCUAUCGCUUGGUCGACUGGAGGCACUCUUGGGCCCCUCAUAGGAGGAGCGCUAUCAAGGCCGGCAGAUCGUUUCCCCAAUACUUUCGGUGCAUGGGAGUUCUUCAAGGAAUAUCCCUACUUUCUGGCUUGUGCUGUUCCGGCGACCUUCUCUGCGCUUGCAUGGGUUGUGACGUUCUUGUUCCUCAAAGAGACUGUCCCAACUCAGUGGUCUCUUUCUCGCCUUUUCAGACGCAAGGAAGAAGAUGUCGCGACGGCAGUGCCUUCACCUACUGAAUCAUCGGAGACUCUGGCGGCCCCAGAGACUGCGCCCAAAGGCGACGAGAACAAGCCUCUGCCCCUCCGCAAGCUGCUCAUCCCGCGUGUCAUAGUCGCGGCAGGCAACUAUGCCGCAUUGUCGUUAGUUGACAUCGCAUUUCGUGCUAUUCAACCGCUCUUCUUUGCGACUCCAAUAGCGCUUGGUGGUCUGGGUUUGGAUCCUCCUAAGAUCGGGACGAUUCUUGCGGUGUACGGUAUCAUCAACGGCCUUACCCAAAUUUUCUUCUUUGCGGAUCUAAAUGACCGAUUGGGUACCAAAAACCUCUAUACCAUCUCGAUUGCCAGUGGCGUGCCAUUAAUGCUCACCUUCCCAAUCAUCAAUGCUAUGGUUAAGGCUGAUGGCAUUACCACAAGUGUGUGGGCAAUGAUCGGCGUGCAAAUCAUGCUAUCUGUCACCUUAAACCUUGCAUAUGCUUCUAUCUUCAUUUUCAUUGCGGCCGCUUCGCCAAACAGGGCGUCGCUUGGCGCUACUAACGGCAUGGCACAAAUGGUCGUCUCGAUUAUGCGCGCCAUCGGACCCGCUUCUUCGACUUCGACUUUCUCGUUCUCAAUCCGGGAACAUCAAGACGGUUGGAUUGCAUACUGCCUCCUUAUGGUUCUGGUUGUCAUAGCCCUCGUUGGAACCACCUUCCUUCCUCGUCGACUUUGGAAGAACUGAUUCUUGCCACUUGCACAAUAUCACGACCCCUCAUGACCAGUUUUGUAUCCUUCCCUUUGUUUGCUACUCUGGGACAAAAACGUGUACAGUGCCCCAUGCGCGCGCGCUCUUGUGUUACUUGCCUGCUUGUUGUUACAUAGAAAUCACAAUACAUAGACUGCUGUAUCGUGUUUAGGGGGUUUCCUAAUCUAGACUGUAGCUGAC